AUGUUUGGCAGAGUAUAUAGGAUAGAAGGCGACGAUUCUGGAUCUGAUGGCAGCAGAAUUGCUGCUUAUGCAUCUUUCGGUGGACUCUUGAUGAGGCUGAAAGGAGAGGCUGUGGAGAUAGCACGCAUGACCCGCAUAGCAAAUGCCUUCAAGAAUGGCGAAAUCACGGAGGAAGUGCUUGAGGUCUGCCCAGAUCUGGCUUCUCUCUACAAACAAUCUGAAAAGCUGAAAUACCGCAAAGCUAUUCUUGAAAGGGUAAAAUGGCUUUUUUUACUAUUCUUGUAGGU